AUGUACCGCACGCUCCUCCCAUAUCUUGCCGCCGACAGGGGACAUCUGGAAGUUGUCCGCCGACUUGUCUCUCUUGAAGAGGUCGAUGUCAAUCAAACCUACCGGCACAAGUUUCCACUAUUCAUCGCGAUCGAGAUCGGCUACCAUGGUGUUGCAAAACUGCUUCUUGAACAAGGGUCUCGACUGGACGUUAACGCCAAGACCUCUCUUGGCAACACAACACUACAUAUUGCUGCCUCUUAUGGGAAUCUGGAUAUUGUGAAGCUGUUGCUCCGAGACGAUCGACUCGAUGUCGCGGGGACUAAUCGAUAUGGGGAGUCAGCCCUGCGAGUGGCAGCCCGGAACGGAAAGGAGUACGUUGUCAGGCGCCUUUGA